AUGAUGCUUUUUUCAAAGGACGGUUCGCUGCUCCUUUUUGAUAUUGGUAGCCGAACGUUGCUGCAAACGGUUGAAGCACACAAUGGUCCUGUUUCGACUAUUGAACUUUUUCCACAUCAGGACGGCAUAGCUACGGGUGGUGCUGACAAAGUCGUGAAAUUUUGGACUUUCGAAGUCGAUGCGAGCGUCGCGACCAAGCUAGUGCUGUCUCUGUCGACCGCGUUGGAUACUGACGAAAACGUUACGUGCUUUAAGUUUACUUCUGACGGGAAAUACAUCAUUCUCGGCAUGCUCGACAAUACUGCGAAGAUUUUCUUCGCGGAUACGUUCAAGGUAUGGCUUGUUACCAGCGAUGCUGUUAAAAUAGUUAUCAAUGUAGAGUUUAAUGUCAAACAUUUUUAGUA